CCUCCUGCUCGCUCGCUGCACUCCGGUGAGAGACGAACCCGGAGCUCUCUCAACCUGCCCGGUACACCGCCCCCAGCAUGUCAUACUGUACGAGCCGCAUGUUCAUCACAAGUGCUGCUCGCUCUCCCGCAACCAUCUAACAUCCACAAUAAAGAGCCGGCCUGCCGCUGCUGCUGCUGCUGCUGCUGCGCACACGCUCGGAUCUGCAGCAACAACUACAAAAAAAAAAAAAAAGAAAGAAAGAAAGAAAGAAAGAAAAAGAAAAACACGGGGACGUUUUCCUUCUUCAGCACACCGGGAGAGUUUGGGGAUCCGCAGGUAUAAUUGCAGUGCCGCUGCUCCGAGGUUUUGCUCGACAUGCUGAGGAUCUGCGUGUGUCUCUGUGCGGUUUUCAGCCAUGUCCUCUCUCAGGAGGCUGAGGAGCCCAUCUCCUACACAUGCACAGAGGGCUAUGAGUAUGACAGAGUCAGAGAGCAGUGCAGAGACGUCGACGAGUGCGCCUUGUUAGAGGACGCCUGCAAAGGAGGGAUGCAGUGCAUCAACCACUUCGGCGGGUACCUCUGCCUGCCCAAGAGCGCUGUCAUCUACAUCAGCAAGGACGGCGAGCCGGUGCCGAUGCCGGACCCCGUCCCUCCCGUCCCCGCCGUCCAGCUGAACCAGCCUCAGCCUCCGCGCACGUCCUCAGUCGGAUCGCAGAGGAUCACCUACACCAGCCAGACCAUCCGCUGCGCGACGGGGUUCGCUGCAGAGGAGAACGUCUGCAGAGACAUAGAUGAAUGCGCAACAGGUAGACACACUUGUGGACCUGAACAGACGUGCUACAACACCAGAGGCUCCUACACCUGCCAGUGUCCUCUGGGCUACCAACGGAACGGAGACCACUGCGUGGACAGAGACGAGUGUGCCCUGACCCACUACUGCAUGCACAGAUGUGUGAACACACAGGGCUCGUACUACUGUGAGUGCAACGCGGGUCACAAGUUGGCCAGCAACAACCACAGCUGUGUUGAUGUGAAUGAAUGCGAUGUGCAGAGUCCCUGUCAGCACCACUGCUACAACCUGAUUGGCUCCUUCCUCUGCCAGUGUGACCAGGGAUACGAGCUGGCUCAAGACGCCGUCUCCUGCCAAGACAUCGAUGAGUGCAGCUUCUCCAGCUACAUGUGUCAGUACCAGUGCAUCAACAGCCCAGGGAGCUACUCCUGCGAGUGUCCAGACGGAUAUCAGCUCCAGGGAAACAGGCUGUGUCAAGACAUAAAUGAGUGUGAGACGGGGACCCAUAACUGCCAAGAUGAUGAAAUGUGCUGGAACUAUUACGGAGGCUUCCGCUGCUAUCCCAGAAACCCCUGCGAGGCGCCUUACACCAAAACCUCAGAAAAUCGCUGCAUCUGCCGGUCUCAGACCGAGUGCCAGGGUCUCCCACCGUCAAUUGUCUACAAAUACAUGAGCAUCCAGGCGGAGCGGACUGUGCCGGCGGACAUCUUCCAGAUCCAGGCCACCAACAUCUACGCCAACACACACAACACCUUCAGGAUCAAAGCUGGGAACGAGGGAGGAGAAUUCUUUCUGCGACGUUCCAGCAAUGUGAGCGCCAUGCUGGUGCUCACCAAGCCUCUGUCGGGCCCCAGGGAGUACGUCGUGGACCUGGAGAUGGUCACUCACCAUGUGACCAUGAACUACCGCUCCAGCUCGCUGCUGCGGCUCACCGUCAUAGUCGGGCCCUACGCCUUCUGAGCGCCGCAGAUCCCAGCAGCCCAAAAAUAAGUCUGGUUCAGCAAACAUAGCAGUGUAACACAGCAGAUGCCUGUAUCAGCAUAACAUACUGUACAUUUUCAUACAAUACAUGCAUAUGACAUAUAACAUAGGCUGUGCCAGACUCAUACAGCAGCACAGCAGUUCUCAUAGGCUUGCUCAUGACAGACCGACCCCAUGCUGUGAUGUGACCACUGGGCAUCUUUUUCUCUCGAUGUGCGGGGAAGCAUUUUGAUGAAAGGGUUUGUGAUGAAACAACUUUUGACUUUAAGUGCUUGAAGUGGACUUGGGAAAGAUGCUGGACGCAGCAGUCACUGCUGCUUCCAGACAGAGCCGAUGCACUCAGGAAAAGAGGCCUAGUGGACACACAUCCUCACUGUGAUGGAUUUUUGUUGCAGCUGUACCUACAUUUAUCACUUUGUUCGGACCAGAACUGCUUACAAUAACCUGUGUGUGCAUCAGAGGAGAGAGAAAUCACUUUUUUUUUUAAUCUAUAUAAAUGUACAUGAUGAAUAUCCAAUAUGAGCAGCUUUUGAUACAAAAAAUAAUUCACAGACUUUGUAAAUCACAGCUUGUGUUGAUAAAUGUUGUAGGGGUUAGUGCUGCUGCGCCACUCUGUUUGUGCAAGUUUCUGUAUAGUUUUACUCAUGAGUAAUAAUUUCCAGAGAAGUCCAGAACAGUUCAGAAGUGUAAAGGGAGGGAAUUUGCCUGUGAGUUGAGAGAGUACUAAACUUUGCAUGACAACAGGCUUGAUGCUGGUAGGCUUUACUCGCAGGAGUUAAGUCAUGUACAUACCCAGGUACCCUGUGUGUGUGGAUGUUUGUGUGUGUGUGUGUGUGUGUGUGUGUGUGUGUGUGUGUGUGCGCGCGUGUGUGUGUUAUGCAAGUGAGUGAAAGUGUGAAACACAGAGGGAGAGAAAGGGAAAGAGUGAGAAAGAGCUUGUUCGGUUCGGUGGAUGUGGUCGAGCUGUUUAUGCGUUUCUGUGAUGCCAUCCCCGCGGUCACUGAGGCAAUAGCAAGCGAUUUUUGAACUCGAGAACACGCGCAGGAAAUGACGGCUUUCAUCACGACACACCUCGGCUAAUCGACCGCUCGUUGGUGCCACGCUGAUUCUCCAGAGGAACGGCUGGGCUUUUUCUAAUGUCGGUCCCAGACAAGAAGUCACACUGGCACCAGGCUGGCUUGCGUGAUAAACAUAAUUACAGUGCUUUGCCCUGUAGCUGGUUGGUGUGUGUGUAUGUGUGUGACACAGGGGAUUAUUAAAGUGUUAAUACAAUGCCACCACACUUUUUGGCAGAAUGAGAAAUCUUUCACUACCUGCUUUGCUUUCUUUUCAUGACUCCACGUGUCAGCUCUGGCUUAUUGCUGAAACAUUGUACACUGUCGACUGAAAACCACAUUGAAACCAGCUUGUUGUCACCACUCCAAGUGUAGAGAGUUCUCCGUGUUUGCCUCAAACUCCUUUUAUGUGGUUUCAGCAUAGUGCCUUAGAGGUAAAUGUUACACUAAUCUUACCGUUCAUGCUGUCAAGACUGUUAACUUCCUUCAAUGAAAUGCCUUAAUGUCUUUUUUUCUUCUAUUUAAAAUAUAUUUUGUCAUAUGUACCUUAUAUUGAUUGUACUCUGAAGAGCAAAAGUUAUAUUGUUGAAUAAAAAAUGAUGGAUAAAUGGGG